UUUAAAUCAGACUCGUUUCACGUCACAUUACCAGUCACGUGACUUAAAGUGUCUACUGCUCUAACAACAUGGCCGAGGGAAAAGCAGAUAUAGCCUUGAUUGGGCUGGCCGUCAUGGGCCAGAACCUUAUCCUUAACAUGAAUGACCAUGGAUUUGUAGUGUGUGCAUUCAACAGAACAGUGGAGAAAGUUGAUACUUUUCUGGCCAAUGAAGCUAAAGGUACUAAAGUGAUAGGAGCGAAGAGUUUGGAAGAAAUGGUGAAGACGUUGAAGAAACCGCGCCGCGUCAUGAUGCUGGUGAAAGCUGGGUCGGCAGUGGAUGCCUUCAUUGAGAAGCUGGUACCGUUACUGGAGUCUGGAGACAUCAUCAUAGACGGAGGAAACUCAGAAUACACUGACACAAAUAGGAGGUGUCGCAGCCUCAAAGAGAAGGGAAUCUUAUUCGUGGGCAGUGGUGUCAGCGGUGGGGAAGAUGGCGCCAGAUAUGGUCCUUCCCUAAUGCCAGGGGGCGCGCCAGAGGCUUGGCCUCACAUCAAGCCUAUCUUCCAGUCCAUUGCAGCUAAAACAAAUGGAGAGCCUUGUUGUGAUUGGGUAGGAGAGGAGGGCGCCGGUCACUUUGUAAAGAUGGUCCACAACGGGAUAGAAUACGGGGACAUGCAGUUAAUUUGUGAGGCGUAUCACCUGAUGAAGGAUGUCUUAGGGAUGAGUCACAAUGAAAUGGCUCAGUCAUUUGAUGAUUGGAACAAGGGUGAACUUGAGUCUUUCUUGAUAGAAAUCACCAGAGAUAUUAUGAACUUCAGAGAUGAGAGAGGGGAGGUCUUGGUAGAGAAGAUACUGGAUUCUGCAGGACAGAAAGGCACAGGAAAGUGGACGGCUAUUUCAGCUCUGGAGUACGGAAUGCCGGUCACUCUGAUAGGAGAGUCUGUGUUUGCGCGCUGUUUGUCAUCCCUGAAGGAGGAGAGGGUGGCAGCCAGUAAAGUACUGAAGGGACCAGCCUCCACCAAAUAUACUGGAGACAAGAGAGAGUUUGUGAAUCACAUCAGAAAAGCCUUGUAUGCUUCCAAAAUCAUCUCCUACGCUCAGGGGUUUAUGCUGAUGAGGGAGGCAGCCAAAAACUUUGGAUGGAAGUUGAACUUUGGGGGAAUAGCUCUGAUGUGGAGAGGGGGGUGUAUUAUUAGAAGUGUAUUUCUGAGCAACAUAAAAGAAGCUUUUGACAAGAAUCCAGAUCUGGUGAAUCUUCUGCUGGAUGAUUUCUUCAAGACUGCCAUCCACAACUGCCAGGACUCGUGGCGUAAGGUGGUGUCCACAGCAGUGACCCUGGGGAUUCCCACCCCGUGUUUCAGCACAGCCCUGGCUUUCUAUGACGGCUACAGAUCUGCCACAGUACCAGCUAAUCUCAUACAGGCACAAAGGGACUACUUUGGCGCACACACCUACCAGCUGUUGUCCACUCCGGGGAAAUACGUCCACACAAACUGGACUGGUCAUGGUGGAAAUGUCUCCUCUACCACUUAUCAAGCAUAGGGGGCAGCACAGGUUCAACACAUAUAGGACUGGAUGUAUAGCAACAGCUUCUCUUCUGCUACUAAGAAAGCAUAGAGGGCAGCACUUGCCAAGAUGGACUGGACAUGGUAGAAAUGUUUGUGCUAUCAUUUACCAAGCAUAGAAGACAGCAUAUAUACAAAAAUAGUUCUGGAAAGACAUGUUACUGCAACUUUUCUACUACAACUCACAAAGCAUGCGCAACACUUUUGUCAAGUGAACUAAACCCAAAACAGAGAUGAAGACUGGUUAUUUUUUAAAAUUCUAUUUUAUUUCUU